AUGGCCGAAAAGGAUAGACUGAGAUAUCAGAAUGACGGUGCCAGAGAUGUGGUUGAUAUCUGGAGCGAUGCAAUUCGACAAUAUCAGGGCAUUGGGGGCAAGGAUCUGAAGGCGGGAUACGAUCAAUUCAAGAGCUUAGAUGCUAUGGUCGACUUUGGUUGCAAGGAAAUGGAAAACUUCCACUCCUUCCGCUACGACAGCACCAAAGUGACCAAACUUCGAGGGCUGUUCAAAGAUGGCAUCUGGCUUAUUGAGGGGGGCAUGCAGCAAGUCGUCGCUGCUGCUACUCCAGCUUUCCCGCCAGCGGCUGCAGUUGGGACAGCUCUAACAUACAUGCUGACGGCUUGUAAAGAGGUAUCGGCGGAUUACGAUAUUGUGACAACUUUCUUCGUUGACCUCACAAUGUUCUUGCGGCGCAUGAAGAUCCUAGAGAAGCGAUUACCCAAGGAAGGGGCUUUUCACGACUGCGUUUACGAUGUCUUUGCAUCCCUAUUGACGAUGUGCGGAAUAGCGACCAAGUACAUCCAACUCAAGCGAUUCAAGAAGUGGGUGACCGCACUGUUCAAAGGGGGCGACCAGGAGCUGGUAGAUGCGAGAAAGGGCAUGGAUACGUCCAUGAACAAUCUGCGUGACGCAACAGAGAAGGCGAUCCUUGGGAACACCGUGGAUCUCCAGCAGACCAGCGGAGAGACGCAGGCCCUGCUGCAGCAGAUGGAACAGGAGUUGCAGGAGAACACAGAAGCUUCUAUGCAGAUGAUGGAAGAACAGUUCUCAAUGCUCCGUGAGAUCAAUGAGAAGCAAAACACCAUCUACAACGAUAUCAAGAAGCUUCUGGCCUUUGAGCAGGAUCGUCGUCGAAAUGAGUCACUUCCAAAGCAAACUGGGUCCAAAUCAUCCGCCAAUGCCAAACCGCCCACGUCGAACAGUGUACGGACCUAUUUCGGAUACAGCACAGACCCAGAUAAAGAGUAUCAGGUGCUUCGACACUCCCGGAUACCAGAAACCGGAUCAUGGAUAUUCGAAGAGCCAAAGUGGAAAGCCUGGGCCGAGCACGAAGAAGGUGAUGAUGUCUCGCCUAUUUUGACCGUGUCAGGACCUCGAGGGGCGGGAAAAAGCCAUCUUGCCGCGUCGAUUUACGACCAUCUCAAGAGUACUGCCAGCGACAACACCUGUGUGGUCCACUUCUAUUUCAGAGAAGACACAAAAGACUUGGAUGAAUUCAACAAUGCCAUAAAUUGGGCUGUGGUCCAGAUUGCAGAGCAGAAUGCCACUCUCUGUGAGAGAAUCAACAAGGACGUAGCCAGGGACAAUAUGUCAUGGGAAGGUGAGGAUUGGGAGGAUGUCUGGAACCACUUUGUGAAACCCCUGUUCCCCAAAACCUCAAAGUACCAGCUGAAAAUCGUCUUUGAUGGUAUCGACGAAUUGCCUGCCCUUGUGGAACGAGAUGAACUCUUAGGAUGUCUGAAGAGUGUGAAGGAAAGCAAGGAAUCCAAUAUCAGCAUAGUCUGCACCCUCAGAGAUGUCAGAACCGGCGAAAACGACUUGUUGGAUCAAAUUGAAAAGAUCGGCAUCGAGUCCAUUGAUGUGACCAAGGAGAAACAGAAGCCCGAUACGAUGGCUUUGAUCUGGGAGCAUCUGAACAGCGACAGUGGGCUGAAAAGAUUCGAUCCAUAUAUCAAGCAACGGAUUGCAACCGGGAUCGAAGAAGCCGCUGACUGCAUGCGCUAUGCUGAGCACAUGAUCCGUCAUUUCAAUACGAUUGGACGUGAGCCUCUGGUCCUGAAGCAAUUAGAACAUGCAAUGCCAAAAGACCUAGAGGAUUGCUACGACGGUAUAUUGCAUGGAUUGGAACAAAAGACCGCCAGCUCGCAACGAGAGGCAUUGAAAGCAUUGCUGGCGUGGCUGUCCUUUUCAUUCCGGCCCUUGACGCUUGCAGACUCACUCGAGCUUCUCAAAACCGUGUACAAUUCUGCUCUGGACUUGGAGUCCGAGCUUCAAGGCAACCAGCUUGCGAGGGUUCUGAAGAUUGCUGGCCGCGACGAACGUGAAGCGUCUGAUACUGAUACAGGAGGCGCAAGCAUCAACACAGACGAGGAUCCCGAUGCGAAAUAUGAUGAUAGCGAUCUUCCCCUGAAAUUUCUUGGUCGCUCUAUGCGGGACUUUUUCAAGCAGGCACAUGAUGCUACUGAGGGGCUAAGAACACCAGCAGCUGUGGCACAUCAAAAGAUCUUCCUCGUCUGCUGCGACAUUAUCUGCGGGACAAUCGAAGUACAAGAUGAGAGCCUGAGAAACUACGCAGCCCGAACGUGGGCUUAUCAUAUGGGCUGGACAAAACUCACACUUCAAUCGAAUGGUGAUAGCGUUGCGUGUCUCGAGGGACUUGGGAAGAUCAUGACCAAUGCACAUGAUGCAGUGUCUUUCUUCCAGCCUCACGGUGUGGACUAUGAGGAAGUCCACUCAGACUUUGUGGACGAUUUCCCCGUCAAAGACUUCCAGACAGACCUUCUCAUGCAAAACAUGGCUUGGUGGGCGGACCUGAUCUCGAAAUCACCCAGUGACUUGCUUAGUCAAAAUACCAAGGAUUGGGCAAAAGACACGCUCGAGGAUACGAGCAACGCCUUCGUGCCUCUCGCAAAGGCCCAUAUCAACGCGUGGCUACAAGCAGGAGAUGUUGAGACCGCUUUGACUUCGUAUAAAUUUUCAAGGGCGUGUAUUGCCUUGACGGGCAAAAGUUCCCUGUGCAAGAAGACCUCAGGAUCAGAGGAAAAUAUUCGGUACAACGAAGAGGAAAUAAUCGGGAUAUCUGGAGCUUUUGACGAAGUCCCGAAGACCGGGAACGCCGCAUGGGCUAUAGCUGCGAUCCUUGAGCAUUCCAGACAUCAUAGCACAGCCCUGACCACCUUGACCAGCGCACUCGGCAACCUCGAAGACAUCCCAGCUAACGCAGAGAAUUUCAGAGUACUGGAUCUGCGUGCUACAAUCCAGAAACGCCUUCACGAGUAUGAGGCUGCCCAGCAAUCUAUCACGAGAGCCCUGUCUCACCAAGACGGUAUCUCUCCUCAACAGUUACGACGUGCCUAUAUCACUCAAGCCGAGAUUUAUACGAAUCUGGAAAACACUGACGAGGCGAUCAUAUCGUACGAGAAAGCCAGGCAGGCGGAUUCGACCGAGCCUCUGCGGGGAAAAGUCCUGCGUCAGGAAUUCGAUGCCUGGAACAACAACAGCAAGGCUGUGGAUCUUGUAAAGAACAAAUGGACGCUGCAUGAGAGGCUGGAAUGGAUGACCUGGAACUAUGUGAAUGACACAGUCCAUCUCAACAACUUCAUGUUCGCUGCAAUCGAUGCAAACGAGCCCAACUUCAUUGUCGAGACUUAUGAGGAAAUAAUCAGCGUGCUGGACCAGUUCGAUGCUGGCGUGCCGUUGAGGAACUCACUGGCACAGUGGUACGUUGUGAGCAGCAGAAACCUCGACUUGGCGAAAACGGAGUCUCUCGUUGUGCUCGACAGCACACUGAACAGCAACAACAGCGAAGGCUACCGAUUCACCAACGAGGACCCAGAGUUCGUAAUGUACAGUGCUCUGUCGCGUUGUACGGACAUCAUCUACCAGCAGUUCCGAUCCACGGCGGACAGGCAAGUGAAGGCCAAGUUCUUCGAAGAGGCCAAGGGGCUGAUGAAGCGUCCGCUGUCUCGCGCUGUCGUCUUGCAGAAGUCGUGGCAAAUCCAUCACAAGAUCGUCCUAGCGACGAUGGCUCGCAAACUGGGCCCGCUGCACGAGUUCGAGGAUAUCCUUGGUCAAGCCUUCAGCGACAUCCUGGAAGCUCUGACAGAUGAUAUCGCGUGGAACGACCGAGGGAACUUGGACCUGUUGUCUAGGGUAUUGUCAAGCCUGAACGGCUUGGAGCGGGAGGCGAGGAUUGCGUUGUCUGCACGGUUCUCCGAAAUCGAGGUCGAAGAUGAGGGUGACGCCAGUGAUAAGGACGGUGAGCAAGGGUCAUCCGCGAGUGAUAGCGAUGAUAGUGACGACGAUGACGACGAUGAUGACGACGACGACGAUGAUGACCCUCUGCCGGAAGAUGAAGGUGACCUCACAGAAGAUUAUACUUAUUGCGCUGGCUCUCGCUGUAGCGUAUCAUGGCGAGCUUGGCAAGGACGGCGAGCGUACCAGUGUGUCUAUUGCUGGGACAUGCUUCUUUGCGAGGCUUGUUAUGAGAAGAAGAUGCAAUACAACAAUGGCGCCACUAUUCCAACCGGUGACCACUUUUGUGGAAAGAAUCACAAGUAUAUAUCGGGGCCGGUGGAUGGUUGGAAGGGGAUCAAAGAUGGAAUGGUCAUGAUCGAGGGCCAAGAACCGUUCAGCUUCAAAAGUUGGCUGGUUGAGAUGAAGGAGAAGCUGUGGCGAGAGGCUUGGGAAAACUUUUGGAUGGAUUAG